GCUCCAACAGGAAUUGCAAUCAGUUUGCAUUCGCUUGCAGCAGCGACUGGACACAGACGGAUAAGCAAAAAUAAUGUACGCAAUACGAAGACGCGAGUGGUUGCCGGUAUUCAACUGUAAUGGAGUGCCACAACACAUAACUGCGAUAAAGCGGCUGCUGAGUAAAGAACAGACACAUUAUGGGCACACAACAAGUGCAAACGAACAGACGACGCUGAGUAGCGAGAGCAAAGUGUCACUCUCAGAAUGGCAGAAGGCGCGUCCAUUCAGUGAAAUGCACCGUGAGAAUGCUUUCCGUCUCUUAUUUAAAUUUCUGCCAGGUGGACGUUACCAUAAACUGGAUUCCACACAAAUGCUGAGAGCGAUGUUUGCCGAGCAUUCGGAUAUUUUCAUUAUGCCCGGCAUGAUGGGACGACCCGAUAUAAUUUUGACACAGAAUCCCAAUGAUUUUGAGCAAAUCUUUCGCAACGAAGGUGUCUGGCCGAACAGACCGAGCUCAUUAACUUUGGACUAUCAUCGCAGCGAGUUGCGCGCUGAUUUCUAUCAGGGUGUUGAGGGGAUUAUAGCAACACACGGCGAGAAAUGGGCCACAUUUCGUUCGGCUGUCAAUCCGGUACUUAUGCAACCCAAAAAUAUCCGAAUUUAUCUCGACAAGAUGGCGCAAGUCAAUCAGGAAUUCAUAGAGAGAAUACGCACAAUACGCGAUCCUCAGACACUAGAAAUGCCCGACGACUUCGAAAAAUGGCUACAUCGUUGGACUUUAGAAUCAGUCUCCAUCGUCGCAUUGGAUCGCCAACUGGGUCUCUUGCGUGAGAAUAGCGCUGUGCCGGCCGAAGUGUGGACACUUUUUCAGAGCAUGUCCGAAUUCUUCACGAUUUCCUUCGAUUUGGAUUUCAAGCCAUCGCCCUGGCGUUACAUUGCCACACCAAAGUUCAAGCAACUCAUGCGCUCACUGGAUAAUAUACAGAAUACGACACUGAAAUAUAUCAAUGCGGCCAUGGAGCGUCUAGCGGAGGAGCAGCGCCAAGGCAUCGUACGACCCGAGCAAGAGCAGAGUGUGCUGGAGAAAUUGUUGCUGAUCGAUAAGAAAAUUGCGACAGUUAUGGCAAUGGACAUGCUCAUGGCGGGCGUGGAUACGACCACCACAGUGAUCACUGGUGUUCUACUCUGCCUGGCUAAGAAUCCAGAGAAGCAACAGUUAUUGCGUGAGGAAGUCAUGCGCGUGCUGCCACAGCGUGAUGGCAAGUUUGCCGCCGACACUCAAAGUCGCAUACCUUAUCUGCGUGCCUGUCUCAAGGAGGCGCUACGCAUCUAUCCAUUAGGCACCGGCAAUAUACGUGUUAUACCAAAAGACGUGGUAUUAAGUGGUUAUCAAGUGCCAAAGAAUAGCUGGGUCAGUGUGGUGGCUACGAAUCUACUUACGAAUGACGAUUAUUAUCCACAUGCACAGCAGUUCUUGCCGGAGCGUUGGUUGCGUUCGGCGGAAACUGGCGAGGGUGCUGAUUCUCUCAAACCGACUAACCCUUUCAUCUAUAUACCUUUCGGUUUCGGUCCAAGAAUGUGCGUUGGUCGGAGAAUUAGUGAUUUAGAACUGGAAUUGGGUAUUGCGCGAUUUGUUAGAAACUUCCAAAUCGAAUUUAAUUAUCCAACGGAGAAUGUAUUCCGUACGGCGAUGAUUAGUUUGCCAAAUGUGCCACUUAAAUUUAAAUUCACUGACAUUGAAUAGAUUUUAGAUUUUAAGCGAUGUGUUAUAAAAAUUACAAAAAAAAUAAAAAAUAAUAAAUUUGCUUAAAUUUGGGAAUUUGAUUUUGGA